UUGGACAGUCAGUACGCAAAGACGCGCUCGUCAGGAUUCCGCGCUAUUUGUCCUAUUUAAUCACUUGUGAUUAGCCAUAAACGCGUGGUUGCAACAUAAAGCUGUCUAAAGUUUAAAGGAUAUUGGAAACAUCUGUCAGGCUGAGCCUGUUUUGUUAUUAGGCUACUCGCUUCUCUUUUGUUUGGAGUGUAAUUCCAUUGAACUUGGUCCAUUGUUGUUGGAUGAGAAGCUCAACUUGGCAUUGAGGCUCCUGGGAUCCAAUACUACGGAGCAAACAGUGGUCAAUUUGCAGAUGUUGAAAGCUGGACGCUAUACUUUAAGGAUAAAAAUGGCCAUGUGUCCUGGAUACGUGGAAGAAGUUUCAUCCUGACCACUGUCCUGGAUCUACACCAUCAUAGGAAAGAGUGACUAAUCUCUUGGCAAAGAAAGACGUUGGUGAUUUUAUUUUUCUGUGGACCGUAUUGGAGUAGUCAUCAUGCCUAUUCUGAAGCAGCUUAUGUCCUCGUCCUCCCAGUCGAAGCGGCGUUCUCGUGCUGACCUGACUGCGGAGAUGAUCAGCGCACCUCUAGGAGACUUCCGUCACACUAUGCACGUGGGUCGAGGAGGCGACGCGUUUGGGGACACCUCCUUUCUUAGCAGUCGCUCAGGGGAGCCACCAAAGGAGCCGGAGGUACAGCAGAGCUCACCUAAACAGAGCCUCCUUUCCCGUACGUUCCGAAGCAGCAAGCGCUCCCAAUCGGCCAAUCGCGACAAACCUGACAAAUCCAAACUGGCGCCCCCUGGUGGUUCGCCGAGUUAUGUAAAAAACGCAAUCUCGCUGCCAUAUUUGAAUGACGAUGAUGCGGGACGAGGUACUGGAAUCCACCUUCCCAAGAGCGUGUCCUCAAGUCCUUUAAAGAAACUUCCAGAAGAUGAAGUAAAGCCGCUUAAUGGAGCCACAGCGCCUGCUGUAUCAGACGUGGAGCUGGACGAGAGGAGUUAUGGAGAGCUGACUGACUUGCGUCCAUCGGUUCCUUACACCGGAGGCAUGAAACAUGCCGAGUCCAUCAUGUCUUUCCACAUUGAUCUGGGUCCCUCAAUGCUGGGCGACAUCCUGGGCGUGAUGAACAAGAAGGGCUUUGACGAUGACGACCUGGGAUUUGAAGAAGGGAAGAGUAGCGAGGGGCGCAGCUCGCCACCCCAGAGCCCUCCCAAUGAGGUGGAAGAAGAGGACCCUCUUCCUCCGAUCCGGCCCCCACGGCAAAGGCCGGGCACCGACCCUUACACUCCAGAGCUCCAAACCAGGAACCGUCAACACCUGGACAGCUGUUCCCUCUCCAGUUCAGGGUCCACCAUGCUGGAUGAAAAAUCCCACAAUCAGAUGUAUGAGGGGAACAUGAACAACAUCAAGUGCAGCUCACCUCGAGUUCAAGACGAUAGGGACUUCUCCUACAUGGAUGAUGAUGAUGAUGAUGAUGAUGACGAUGAUGACGAGAUUAGGGUGUAAAGUGAACAGUCUUUGCAAAGAGUAAAAGAAGUGGUGGAGGUGGGUUGUGGUCGAUUGGUAGAUGUAAAGCUCGCACACUGACUUGGAGGACUGAUUUUAUAAUGGAGAUGAAAGGGAAAACGUAUGUUUUAGCCCUUGAUAAUGCUUUUUCAUUACAUUUUCUAGUUCAGGUAUACAAACCUUCUGUUACUAGUGACUUUCACCAGAGCCACCACAGCUGUGAGAGGAAUGUGCUUGCGUGUUUGCAUAUGCCGAAGCAAGGGAAUUCCAUUUCAAAUGGUAAUUACAGUCUCGUGAGUAUCAUUAAUGAAUUCCAGUGUUGACCACUUGGAAUGCUGAUACAGGAGGUUGAAACCAAGCCUCACAUUCUCCCAUGAUCGACGCAGUACUCUUGCUAAUGCCUUUAAACUCUGAAAAACGCUAAAGCCAACAGUCUUCAUUUUCCUAUGUUUUACAGCUUUUGAUUCCAUCUUUAAGUUAUAUCCUAAAUUUUGCUUUGUAUACAAAACCUUAAAUGAUGAUUGGAAUACCAUAAACGUGUUUGGAGGUUCAACAGAACACUUUACCUCUGGCAUACGUUACCCUUUUCCCAUCGGGUGUUGUUUAUGUAGUAGAUCUGGACUUUGUCAUGUGGUCCAUGCAUGUUUAAGAGGAUUUCCUGUCGGCUCACAUGAAAUUCUCAAUCAUGAGGAAUUCAGAUUGAUGGGAUGCAGAAACCAAAAGCAGUGGUGACGUCAGAUUACUUGUAGGCAGUAGAAUCAGUCCAAGUGGAACCAAUUAUGACUUUAAUUUUGUGUGUGUGUGAAUGAGGAUUGAUGUCAAGAGGGCUGAUGAGUGUGUUAUUUGAUUAUCAUUGUAUAGGCUCAGAGAUGAAGAGCGUAGCACUCUUAUUCAGGGUCUAGUGUAGUGCCUCGAACUUCAAGCUGUGCUCAUCAGCAGAAGUGGACCUGGAGGGUUUUCAUCUCUGAAUAACUCUUAUAGUUCUGUAUUUAGGUUUGAAGAGAGAUCUACACCCCAUGAUGAGAUUGCAACUUGUAUAGCCACUCUGUGAGUUAGUGCCAUACCCUUUGCGUCAGUUAAAUGUAGACAAAAAUGUAUAUUCCAUAACAAACAAUCGUCAGAGUUUGAAGGCGGGACUACGCAUUUGUUUGACCAGUGGCAGAUCUGGAAAUGUUUGAAAUAUGUUAGUGCCACAGAAACUACACGCGUCACGUUUAGGUCUCUAUAAUGAGACUUUCCAAACUAUGCUAACAGUUAGCAAAUUUCCCCAAAUACUGGCAAGAUACUUAACACUAUUAUAGUCUCUGAUUUACCAUUGAAAACAUAAAAUAAUUACCAUCUAUUAAUGUCCUGGUAGCCAAUCAAGUAUUAACUGUUCAUUGUACACUUUGGGAAAUUGAUUUUUUUUUUUUCUUAUGACACCGUUCUGUUUUGUGGAGAUAAUUUAAAAGCGUUACACUCUUGAUAUAUGUACAUCAUGUUCAGUUAUUAAUUUACUGUAUAUUUGAGUGUUUUGAUUGAUGCUAUUGUUUAGUCAACAGUGUUGGCCCUGUAAUCUGACAUUAUAUAAGCACACUAGGAACCGAAGAGAGCACCAUUUGUAGAAUUGGUUAUUUUCAGUUGGUUUCUGUGGUAUAGAAUUGUUUGUUCAGAUCUCUCUGUGGCCUUUUACCUACACUUUGUGAGCUUAGUAAGGUUUUGUAUCAGCUUUAACACUCCAAAACCACAGCAACAUUCUUUCCUUGCUCACCUGUCAGUGUUUUUCGUUGGUUUGUGAAAUCGGCAUGUUUGAACAGAGGAACAAGUAAGGUACGAUUUAUAAGAGCUCUAGAAAGAUGUUUGUAAUGCUGACUCCAUGUUUCUUAGGGUGCUUUUCAGGGUGGGUAUAGGAUGGUUUGGAAAGGGCUUUAUUAAUGGGGUACGAGAGGCUUGUGUUGCCUUAUAUCUGGUUGAAAUGCUGCAUCGUGCCGUUUUGUCUGCAAGCACAAACGGAAGAUAAUCAAAUGUGCCAAUGUCUUCUCUUCCUCUCUUUUGCUGCCCUAUUUUUGUUCAAUUUAUGGGUUAAGGAAGUGGUCGUGGAGAUAUCACACUGCACGCAAAGCUUUUGAAGACGACCAGAUGUCCGUAACUGGAUUUGUGAGACUGAAAGUGAGCUGGAACGCUGGACUGUAACAGUUUUUGAGAGCAGCAGGGCUCCCUCUACAGUUUUUGAGUAGUUUUCUUUCAGCCCAUUAAUACUUUUUACUUGUAUCUAUGCUUACCGAGACAAAACUCUUACCAUACAUAUACAAUUGCAUAGAGGUUUCUAUAGUUUCUUUGCUUGAUUAUUACAUGCACACAGGUUUGUAAUAGUUUAUAAUGCCACAUCUUCCUACAGCUGCUACAGAAAAUGGUGACAAUACACUAAAGUAUAGUAUAAAACCAUCUCUUUAAUUUCUAGGUAUUUGCUGUUUUAUCUUUUUUCACUUAAUGUCUGUAUCAUUCUGUACUGAAAUAAUGUCUAUAAUGACCUGCCUCUCUUUCCCUUGCAAAAUAACAGUUAUAUUUUUCAAUAAAAGAAAA